AUAACCAAUCAGAAUGAAGAACGACCACAGUGCCCUCUCUCUGAGCGGGUUGAUGUGAAUUUUUUUGGUUUCAAACGUCCAAAUCUGUUUCAAUGAUACAAAGAGGCAUAAUUAUGACACAAUUAGGCAUAAUUAUUCCUUGUCAAUGUCGUUCACCUUUGAUUGAGUUCCUGCUUUUUUAUCAGAUAAUCACUAGCGAUCGUUUUGUAAAAUGUCUCGUAUGUUUAAUGUUACUUAUUUUUAGGAUACGUGAAAAAUAAUGCCCGUUUAGUAGCAUUACUGCCUGUGUAAAAGCUGCAGUUUGAGACACAGCUUCUGCAGCAUUAGUAAGUGGGAGUCUCCACUUGGAGCGCUGAGCAACAAUUCUAAAAGCUUUGCUCAGAAAUACCUCUAUAUUUUUUAUGGUGAGAUGGGUUAGAACGUAAAAUGAACGUUCAUCCCAUAAAAGAUGUUUGUUUAAUUGGGCUCUUUUCUAUAUAGCAUUCUCUGCAACAUCAAUGUGCCUGCCAGUCGCCAGCAGCGAAAUACAUGGCCUUGAUCUUCUAGCCAUUGCUUGAAUUUUUAUAACAGUCAGCGGCAGCCUAUUAUCUUGAAUCAACUGUUUCAAGGGGUUUCAAUUUCUGUAAAGUGUUUCUUCAAACUCAUCUAUGUCAUUAUAAAAAUAUGCUAUGCUGGUGUCAUCAGCAUAGAUUGCUUCUUUGCUGUCUUUAGAGAAAACAUUAAGUAGAUCACUCAUGUAUUUCAAGAAUAAAAGGAGCCUAGGCAGGAUCCUUGAGGAACUCCACAUUUGAUUUUUGCUCCCUAAUAAAGGACACCUUCUUUUCUUAAAUAUUUUUGCCUGUUUUCAAUGACAAAUCCACCUUAGGCCUUGACUUCGGUAACUUUUCCAUUCAUGUCAAUCUUUUAUAUAGACGCUUAUUGACAGGUGCAAUAUAAAUUUAGACAAUUUUUGUCACUUUUGUGACUUAUUUUAGAAGAAGACGUUUUCUAAUCAAACGUUUUGUUUAAUGUAGACAUCCUUUAACUUCAAGGGAAUAUGUUCAUAAAAGACAGAGGUAAAGUUAGCUUUUUUGGUUGCAAACUCACAGAGAUACGUGAGUUUACUCAUCAAACAGCUAUCUCUUUACUUGUUGUUUUUUCUCAUGUUAUGACAAUAAUAUGUGUUUGUUGCUUACAGGAUGUUUUACAUUGUAACUUUUGUAUCAAGUUUAAAAUCAACAGAAUUAGUGCAAGAAUAAUAUGGUUUUCGAGUAUGUCUUGGUUUGUUGGUUUUUGUAUAAAUCUUUCAAUUAUAACACACUUCCCUAAACAUUACUUUCAGAAACAUUUUCUUUCAGAAAACAAGAUAAAGAAAGACUUGAUCAUUCGACGCAUUCAUUAUAAAACAAGUAUCGAUUUUAUCUAGUGCCCCACCUGCAGUGGUUAAAAUGCUACCUUCAAAAUCGUUCUAUGUACUUGGGAAGAAAAGGUUUGAUUGGUGUACCGAAGAAUCGGUCUGUGAAGGGAAAUUAACCGAAACAUCUUUGAUUUUCGAAAAUUGCGAAGGCGGUCUGUGGAAGAAGACGUCUGUUUUUUGUGUCUUGCUUUAUCAGUGUUAUUGGGCUUGUUUUCUCCUUCUUCAGUUUUUUCCGCGAGAGAUGUUAAAUCUGUACUCAUGAAGGAGGUAAAACUUAGCGAAAACUCAUUGUAUUAUUUAUAACAUAACGCAUUCAACAUAAACAAAUGUUAACAUAACAACAUCAGCCAUCUUGCCAAUCGAAUUAACUAAAAACGUGGUGCGCGGUCAGAGAACUAGGCACCACUGAAAAAAUAAUGUUUCAUAAUGGUAAAUGUUCAUGUUCAUACAUAGGUAAAUAUAAGUCACAUCUCAACAAGAGAGACUUGUGGCAAGUCUACAGUGUUACAGGCUGGCUUUAAGUAGUCAAUUGCACACUUUUUAGAACAAAUGGUACAUUACGGUUUAAAAAGAACAAUGGAAUUUGGAAACAUUUUAAAUAUUGUCCCCAAACUGAAGAAUCAGUAAUGCACAAUUUGGGGCUAUACCCCAGGACGAAAGGGGGCAUCACAACAUGAUCAUUUCAGUAUGGACAUCUAUUGCUCUUCAGCUUCACGUAAGAAAGAUUUAUAACCUUCAUUAUUUCCCCUAUCUUGCAUCCCCUAUCUUGAAUUUACGCAGUGGCGUACCCAAGGGGGGAAUAGGGGGGUCCGGACCCCCCCCCACUUUUCUAAAAUAUGAUCCUCAAGAUCUGUCCAAAAACAAUGUAAAACUCAUUGGGGGGUGUAGUAUACUGUAUGCUUGUGUCAAUAACAAUUGUAAAAUGCUUUGCUAACCGUAGCUAAAAUGAAUCAAAUAACGGGGGAAGAUUUGCAAAAAGGGCGUUCCCCCGCGUUUGAUAGUGUUUGAAGGGCGUGGUCCAAAAACAUUUCUUGGGGGUGCACCCCAGACCCCCCCCACUACUGCAGCCCUGGGUAUGCCACUGAUUUACAAAUAAAUUGUUACCGCUCCCUGCGUAAACAAAUGCAUAAAGAAGAACCAAGAGAAAGUUGUCCAGAUUACCCUGAUACAGUAUCUUAUAUCUCAAUUUUCCGUGCUCCAUUGUUACCUUUGUUAAACAACGCAGUUAUGUUCUGAGCUUUUGUGGGUUUCAUUUAAUAGAAAACCGCGAAGUAUAAACAAUUAUGUGUCUUGUUUGUCUACAAUGUCUCAUUUAACAAUUGGGCGUGGAAUGAUGGAUCGGAGAGACAACCACAAGUCAACUUGGCAGAAACUUUGCUCAACUUCUGUGGCCUACACAAACAUAGAAACGGUGUGAUGAAACAUGGAAUUUUUUACAUGAAAAAGUACAUGUGGGUGUCUAAUGUCAUGAAUGAAUUUACUAGAAACACGAUAUUACCCCUCAUCGUAGUUUUUGGCGUGUUUGUCUCCUGUAUUAUUUCCAUAUGUCUUUAUAACUGUUUCAAAUAUAUAAGAGAAAUUGCAACUUUAACAAAAUAUGAAAGACUGGAAUCUGCUAAAGAUGAAGAGGAACAAGAGAAGCACGAUGGAGGAGUCGAAAAUGCGCCGAGAAAACCGUCGAUUAAAAGAAAAAUGUCACACGUUCGCUCUUUAGCACUGCUUCCCAUGAUUCCUGAAGUUGACGAAACUGGUGGUUUCGUUAGUUUACGAGAAUCUCUUCGAUUACGAGAUAUCGUAAUUAACGCUAUAUACAACCAUGACCGAGGAUAUGUGCAGGUUACGCUUAACAAGAUAAUGUUUUGCCCUUUGCCAGAAGAUUAUAGUCCAAUCUACAGCAUACAGUAUAUCCUGUCGUUUACCCUGGAAGAUAUCGAGGACUUCGAAUCUGAGAUACGACCACUGCGCGAAAAUAUACGAUUCGACGAAACGUACCGCAUUUAUGUACCGGUUACAGUUUCGGACGGGGCUGGAAUGGUUUGUAAAGUGAAUUUAAUAGACAGACAAUUCAAAAGGGCACCUCUAUGGGAUAUUAAAUACAAUCUUAAAGCUUCGCUAAUCUUGAGCUCAUCAGAUCCUGGGACAAUAUCGGAGGACCCAGAAGUUCUUUCAGUAACAGAGAGAGUUGUGAAAGUCGACUUAGUACGAGAGCUUAUCGAUUAUCGUGAAAGACCGAAGCUUUUGAUUGGGCUUUGCUACAAGCCAACAUCAGGCAGAAUUAUAGUUCGUGUGAUUGAGGGAGCAGAUAUUCCAGUUUCUGCACAUCAGAUGAGGAUCAGGGUCGCUCUUGUACAGACAAAAUAUGGCAGUGUUCGCUCGUUCACCUCACCAGUUAUGGAAAAUGAAAGCAAUCCUGUGAUCAACGAAGAUUUCACAUUAGGAAUUGCCAUAAAAAACAUUCAAUCAACUGUAUUGAUUGUCAUGCUUAUGUACGGCUUCCAUGGAAAAAUGUUUACUCCAGUUGCUGAAACGAAAAUUGGUAGCUUGGUGUCGAAAGAGGAAGCUCGUCAACAUUGGAACAAUAUGCUAUCAUCGACUCGUGAAGACGUACAAUCUUGGCACACACUCUCUUGAUUUUGAUUUAUAAAACUUGGAUUUGAGUUAUUUUCUUUCCCGGGUGCUUUUGUAAAAAGGGUAAAAUACGUGCCUGUAAGCGAAAACUCAAAGAUACGAUUCGCUAGGCCACAAUAGCAAACAAUGUAAGAAAUAGAAAAGAAAAUAUUAUUUACUUUUAUAGUAUAACAGUAUAUAGUAUUUAUAAAGAAGCUAGUAUAUAGCGCAUUAGGAAAAGUCUAUCUUGUCGUUCAUACUUAUGAAUUUCCAAUAUGUAGUUAUGUUUUAAACAAAUACUUGCCUGAUGAAAAAUAACCUGUGACAGUGCCUCAAGCAAAAUGAAUGGAAAGCAUUCUUUUUCAGAGUUGUCUUGCAGUGGCGAGUACGAAACUGUUAUCUGCCGAUCGUCUAUUACCUGGCUUUUGUAUUUUCAUAACCUUUUAUAAAAUUCCCUUGAUCUAUGUGUUUAUAGUUCAAUUUUUUAUUGUAGCAUUUACUGAUAUGUGGUAAUUACCCCACCCCUCCUUUUGUCAAAAUAUAGUACACACAAUUCUAUUAAAAAUUGAUCAAAUGCGCUGAUUGAAAUGCCUGAGGAAAUAGGCCUGAAAAAAGUACACCCGGUUUUUAGCACUGAAAUGAGGCAAAAAGGACACGGUCUUUGGUAACACCCAAUACCCUCCCUCUCUGCGGUAGCUGGCAUCGCAACAGUUAGCAACUAAAAAACCUCGGAUCGUAUACCUUACUUGAUUUUGAUAACUUCAUAGUAUCACAUUUUAGUUGCUUCGUGUUAAUGUUGAGAAUUUUACUAAAUGUCUAAUGUCUAUUACAAAACUGAAUAUUUUCUUGAUUUCAUUAUCUGUACGUUAAAAUGAGA